AUGGCACAAAUCUGGUUUGAAACAAGUUCUGAUUUGAUAUUGAUACUAUUCAUGAUCAAGGAGCGGUUGGAAUUCAAUGUGAGAGAACAGAAAGUUUUCUUUGUCAAUCUUACCCUGAAAAGUGCACAAUUGUCAGCAUUAUUUGUCGAACAAAGUAAAAUCACUAAUUCAUAUUUGGCAAUUAUUGUUGCAAAUCCUCCACAAUAG